AUGUCGAAGCCGAUCGAAUUCGAUCCGCAGGUUUCAAGUACAGGAGCACCAGUUGUUGAGGUGCCCGUGAUCCGGGUUUUUGGUGGCACUCCCUCCGGCCAACAGGUUUGCCUGUACAUUCAUGGCUACCUGCCCUACUUCUACUUGCCGGUACCCGAUGAUGUUUCGCCAACUAAAUUCGCGCAAAAGGCGCACAAGGUCCUGGAGAGGGUUGCUAGGAGGAUUGUGUUGGAGAGGCGGCGGCUGAGAGAGGGACGUCGUUUCAGGGAUAAUUUGCAACGGAAAUUGAAAACAACGAAAGACGAUACCGAAGACAAGGAUAUUACACAGUCAUCCUGUGACACUUCUUCUUCGAAAAUGGACGAAACGGGGUCCGCGACGAUCUCACGUUGGUUCACCACCACCAGGUCCAGGUUGCUCAGUCAAAGCACCCAUCGCUUGGCUAUUUUGCGUCAGAAGAAAACAGCCAGAUCGGCGUACAUUCACCGAGUGGAUGUUGUUGAACACGUAAUCUUCUACGGUUAUCAUACACAGCCUCGCAAGUUUCUCAAAGUGCAUCACUACAACCCCUCCAUGACGAAGCACCUGGCGGGUUAUGCGUUCAACACCGGCAUAGGGAAGUACCGUUUGCAGCCGUACGAGGUGCAUAUAAGCUACCUUAUGCAUUUCCUUUCAGAUUACAAUUUGAGGGGUAUGGACUACAUUUAUCUGUCGUCGGCCAUCAAAAUGCGAGGACCGCUUCCGUUGCAUCCGCAUUACUCUGUCCAGGCCCAUCCUGUUUGGCAACGGGUUGUUCUUACCAGCAGCAAGAACAAUCCCGAUGACUUGGCAAUAGUUGAGCGUCCGGUUCUUAGGGAUUCGCCUUCCGUGUUCCUUUCCAGCCACCAGCGUCGUUCCAGCUGCGAGUUGGAGGUCGAUGCCCAUAUAGCGAGCAUCUUGAAUGUAUUCGAGUAUCGGAACACCUCAGAUUCUCAGAGUCAGGAGACUUCAGAGCGAGGCUAUGCUGUUGGAAGGUACAUGGGUGCCAGUAACGCCUUCUCCGAACAGUGGAACCUGCAGUGUACGAAUCUGCAAUCAUCCAGCUUUUCGCCUUUCCAGACAAACGAUAAGGCGUUCACCGCGUAUGCAUCUAGAAACACCCUGAAGGAGUUUUACAGCUAUCUUUUGGAGCAGGUAGAGGGGUUACCUGAGGACCGGAGAAAGGCGGUCGGGUCGCGCCUAGAGCAACUUUUGUUGCAGUGCGACGACCUCCAAGGGCGCAGAAAGCGUGUGCCAAAGAAAACAAAGCAGAAUGAACUGAUAACCAUCAGCUCUACGUUUUUUCACACGAGCCAGGAUUAUCGACCUCCUGAGGAGGGCCAAUACUAUGUCUAUCGCUACGCUGUAAGGCCCCCUGAGGUGGAUGAUGCCGAGAGUGUAGACAUGCAAGACGACGGACAUAUCUCGGCAGUCAAAGAAACCAAGCCUAGCCAAGUUGGUGAUGAAUCGGCUUCGACGAAGCAAACUACCAAAUCACGUUGUAAGGGCCAAAUACGGUGCCCUAAUUUGUUGCGAAGUGUCAAAGACGCACAAGAUCAAGCAAAUGUAAAGGUCUCCGGGCAUGUGCAUGAAAGCAAUCCGCCAAUUGCUUUGGAGCCUGUAUCUGAUAUUGUUGGUACGAUGGAUAACUUCGAGUGUGGGAUAGUGCUCGACGUUAUCACCGAUAUUGACCUCAAUUGUAUUCACGCCAAUCCUGAGGUUAAUGCAAUCCACGCGGUGGUCUACACACUCAGAGACCAUCGAUUGAUCCCGCAUUUCGACGCCAUAGGAGUGCCAUACGCGGACGUUCAGGGUGCUAUAGUUGUCGACGCACUAGGUGUGGAACGGCCGGCGCCGAGGCGUAUUAAUAGUGAGGAAUUUAAUCGCAUGGCCUUGAUCCAACGAAGCGACGUGAAUAUGAAUGUAGUGGAGCGCCAGAUUAAUUCGGAAAAGUACAUAGACGUAUCCUUUGUGCCCUCCGAGAUGGCAUUAAUUGAUAGUGUCAGUCGCCUCAUAUCUGAGUUCGACCCGAACGUCAUCUACGGCUACGACAUGGCGCGUAGCUCCAUCGGGUACUUGAAUCAACGGGCGUCAGUGUUAGGUAUUCCCGACUUCUUGGAAGGAAUAUCCCGAGUCCCACCCCGGCUUCGGCAUGACUCUGGGAAUGAAGGGGACCGUCUUACAGACAUGUCUACUCUGCUAACUCAUCAGCGGAGUAAAUUGAAAAAACAACACUUUAAGGAUAGCGAGAUUAAACCGCUAUUUUGUGCAGGGAGGUUGUUAUUCGACCUGGCUGAUGUUGCUGUGCGUGAGCUCAACCUCUCUAAUCUGAGUCUGGAGAACAUCGUUCGCGAUCAGCUCGAUUAUGUGAUGCCGUCGUUCAGCAUGUACACGGUGAACAAGUGGUUGACUACGAAGGUCUUAGCUUGCCAAGCUGGCGAUGUUAACGGGUAUGAGGCAUCUGCAGCUGGUGUGACGCGUCGUGAUGUUGGUUCCGAUGCUCUUACAAAUGGACGACAUGGAUUGCAUACCGCCUCACCAAUGAAUCUCGAUCGAGGAAACUAUUGCAAUAAUCACAGAAGCAACGUCAUGAUAGCUCCGCAUAGAUUUAGGGCCAUUCGAUACGCACUCUUGCGCAACUACGCCGUUAUCGCCACCUUUGACAAGUUGAUGUACUUCCAAAGGUAUACGACGUUCUCGAAGCUAUACGGACUCGAUCUCAAGAGCACCAUUGUAAGAGGCAGCCAGUACCAUGUGGAGAGCGUGCUGAUACGCUUCACGAAAUCGUUCAACUACGUAUUGCCGUCACCAACCCAACGCCAGGUGCACCAGCAGCGCCCAUCUGUGGCGAUACCGAUAGUGAUGCAGCCUAUCAGCGGGUUCCACCUAGCACCGGUUGCGGUAUUGGAUUUCCAAUCACUCUACGCGUGCAUCACCAUUGCCUACAACAUCUGCUACAGCACCUGCCUGGGUCUACUCAGCGAGCACAAAAACGGACGCAACCGGGUAAAGUUGGGGGUGGUCACGUAUCAUCCGGAAGAGGGCGUAUUCAGGGACAUCUUGUCAAAGCACGCUGAACUUGCCGACGCAAAAGAAGGGACGGUGGGCGUGCACAUCAUGCCCAACGGCGUCAUGUUUGUUGACAAGUCCGUGCGUGAGGGGUUGCUCCCGACGAUGCUGACGUCGGUGUUGCAGAGUAGGCGCAAGAUCAAGGCCGCAAUGACGCGCCCCGGAGUAGAAGGGCGCGUACUACGCCAGUGGGACAGGGAACAGUAUGGUCUGAAGAUGCUCUCCAAUCUUUCAGUGGGGUUAACUGCGUCCGGUUACUCUGGCCGCAUGCCGUGUUCCGACCUUGCGGAGUCUGUAGUUUCGAUCGCGCGUGCGCUGCUUGUGCUUUGCAUGGAAUUGAUACACGACAAUUUCGACGCGGAGGUCAUUUACGGGGACACUGACAGCAUCUUCAUCAAGUUCCCCGGAAGAACCGUUUCAGAAGCGCAGUCCUUGGCAGAAGAGAUCGCCAACAAGAUAAACAGCACAAUCCCAGAGCCAAUCAAAAUCUUGCCCCAGAAGGUAUAUUCCCCGUGCAUUCUGGUAUCGAAGAAGCGUUACUUGGGGCUCAUACACGCCAAUGGCAAAAUGGUGUUCGAUGAUAAGGGUGUUGAGACCAUGAGAACCAGCGAGUGUGACGCCACCCGAAAGAUUUUACGGCAGGCGCUGGAGUGCAUACUGAAGACUCACACGCUCGAUGUGGCGUACGAUGGACUGACCUCUGUGUUCCGUAAUGUGGCAUCGGUGUACACGCCUAAGGAUUUUAUUCUCUACCGCCAGGUCAGGCUGGGCACCUACCGAGAAGAACUUACCGGGCAGGUGGGCACGCUGCCUGCCGCCGCCAUAGUGGCCAAGCACAAGUUGGAUAAGCAUUACGGUAAAAGAGUCCUAGAGAAUGAGUUUAUUCCACAUGUAUUUUCAACUUCGCGUGGGGACGUCUACCGUGGUGUCAAGGGUGGCGCAGUGUUCCCCAACGAGAUCAACGGCAUAUUCAGGGCUACCGAUUUUGUGAAGGAGUUCGGGCAACGUACGUUGCCUCAGAACUCAAUGGCCUGCAUUCUAGAGCAAAUACGUCGAGGCCAGCCUCUGCAUCAAAUAGAUGUUGACUACUAUCUGAAGAAGCAGGUACUCCCCCCUCUAAGGCGCAUGAUGCAGCUGCUUGACAUACAUCCGGAUCACCCUAUCACGGCAACCAUAUUGGAACGCCUGCAACAAAUGCAACAGAAAAAGGAGGAGCGGUUUCGCCGCGUAGAGGAACCCGGUAAAAAGGCAGGAGAAAUCUGGGAAUACACGGGUCCGCUUGCGCGCUGCACUGGUUGUGGUACUACCUGCAAGAUCAAGUUGAGCACCGCCACCAGCGACGAGGCUGUAGAAGAUGAAAGUAACGAUAAUAGUUCCCAGGAAUUCGCUGAUGUCUUGCAUUCCAAAGAGAUGCGUAUCACCCCGCUCCAGCCGGACGUAUUCUCAUUUGAGGACCCCACGAAGGGCAAGAUGCACGUGAUAGUCUGUGAAGAAUGUCGAAUGAACCCGCGUAAUACGCUGUUGAAAGUGGUGAACGAGAUGAACGCUCUGGAAGACAAAGUCCAUGCGGUCAACAACAUCUGUCUGAACUGCACCGGCAGCACUGCUAGCAGCGCGUCGUGCCAAAAUGCCUGGCAUUGCGAGGUGGGUUCCUUACACGAGUUUCGAUACUGUCUGAAGGUGUAUUUUAAGCGUAUAUCCUACAAGCGCCUAUUCGCACGAUCUUUGAAAGAGUACCGAGGUCUGCUCACCCUGGCUUAUACAGCAUAA